AUGCCGAUCGAGCACCACAAUGGCGAGCGGCGAUACACUGACGAGCAGAAGUUACUGUACCACCUUAUGAAAGACUACGAGAAGUCUGUUCGUCCGGUACGGAAUGCUUCGCAUACCGUAACCGUUCGUCUCGGAAUGACCAUGACGAACAUUUUCGACAUGGACGAACGGAAUCAAGUGCUCACCAUCAACGUGUGGUUAGAUCAGGAAUGGAACGACGAGCUUCUGCGAUGGAAUCCUGACGAUUUCGGAGGAAUCCAGUCGCUGCGAAUUCCUUGCGACAUGAUCUGGCUACCCGACAUUGUUCUGUACAAC